CACAAUAUCACGAUAUAUGAGUACAAUAAGCGCCGAGCAACAUGCGAGCAAGAAGUGAAAACGCAUGCCCAGGUGCCUAGCAGGUUGGCAGCCGACUUCGGCUCCUGCAAAGGGCUGAUGGAGGGUAGGGUACCUAUGUACACACAUCCCAUAGUAUGGCUCGGCUCCACCUGGGUCUGGCUAAGCCACAUUUUGUCUCUGGCGCCUGGCGCCACUAUGAGGUACAUAUUCUAUAGUCCCUGGUCUAUCUUUACCACUCUACCUACACAGGCCAUCCUACCCUACCCACCCCCUUAUCUAUGUAUGUACGCAGUAAUAUGUAGAUGUAGGCAUGUCUUCCGUCCACAUCCCUCUGCGCAAAUAUCUCCCUACCUAUUGUAUACCCCCCUUAUCCGAUGGCAACAUGCUACAUAACAUCCUGGGUGAGCGGCCUGCUGCC